AUGGCUCAUGGUAGGCGAGCUGAGGCUUUUUUAAUUCAACUACGCGAAACCGUGGUCGACGAGGAGAAACAUAGUAUAUCGUAUGGACAGCUUAUGCGGUGGCAGGGUGCCAUCAACGAAGAUGUAAAAGAAAUAUUUGAAGUAAACAAGCAGCUUAUCGAACGCGUUAAUAUAUUGGAGAAAUGUGAGACGGAUUCAAGCGAUUUACGUGCGUUGAGAGCCGAGUUUACCCGUGAUAUAAUCAAAGCAACGAAUGAAACUCACGAACUGAAGGAAAGCGUCGAAAACGGUGCGACAGAAAAUUUGCUACGGAUCGAGGGGAUUGAAAAAAAUUACUCCGACUUAAAAAAGUCUGUUGAUAAAUUACAUGAAGAUAUCGAUAGGCUAUAUAAAGAUGUUGACGACUCGUAUUAUGACGUACAGUCGUUAAGGGAUCGUAUGGGAAAGUUUUUCGACGAAGCUUAUAACGACUCAAGAAGCCUGAAGCAGUCCCUCGACGAGAAGUUAUACCAAGUACGCCAAUCCAUGAGGCAAAGUACAACAAAUAGUUCGCCUUCUUUAAACUUAUCCGUUCCGAAAUUUAAGGGACGCGACGGCGAACGACCGAUCAAGUUCCUCUCCGAGCUCGAGAGAUACGUGAAUUACGUUCGACCUCGCGAUUCUGACUUACCGUGUAUCUUUGCGGAGUGUUGCGAGGAGACAGCACGCGACUGGUGGUAUCUGCACGAGCACAAAGCAAAAACCCUUGCCGAGUUCAAACGUAAAUUUUGUGAACGAUACUGGAGUCCGGCGGUGCAACAGAGCCUCCGCAGAAAAUUAGAAUUCGGUCAAUAUCAACUUGGGGGAAAAUACACGAGGGCAGAGUAUGCCACUCAUAUGUUCGGGUUUGCUCGUGAUUUAGAUAUUCCCUCGAAUGAUAAGAAUUUAUUGCAUCAGCUUGCGGCUCAUUUUGGUCGUAAUUUCAAGCAUGCCAUUAUGUGUGAUCGAAAUUCAACGGACGAGUCUCUGUUGGAAUUGUUGGCGGAGUUUGACGCGGACGAACGGCGUUAUCGCGGUCUUGGGCCUGAUAAAAAUCGAAAUGCUUCGAGCUCGAAUAAUCCCGCAGCAUCGAAUGCUAAUCCAAGUUCGAACACAGGAAAUCGAGUUAAUAAUAAUAAUCACAAUAAUAAUCGCAACAGCACACAGACCUGGCGAUCGAACCAGAUUUCGCUGGAUCAAGAAGACGAAGGUUUUGGGCAAACACGCGAUCCCUCGCCACAACGAGGCAACCGAGAAACAGUAAAAUCGUGUCUUGUUGGUGCGAAUCCUAGGGACUGCGACGAUUUUUUAAACCCGUCCCACCCGGAAAAAAACUUGGUGGUAUUCCAACGGAAUUUAAAUCAUCGCUCCAUAUUUUUCGAUGCACGAGAGGAGUUAUUGUACGACAUCAAUCCACACGAUCAGAUAUCUCGCGGAUUGAAAUGUCCCGAAAUCGAGGUGGCAUUGGUUGGCGUUAAGGUCAUGGCCCUAUUGGACUCGGGCAGCGAAAUAUCCUGUAUUUCCGAAGCCUUUUACGAAACGAAUAAACAGGAGUUAGGGCGAUUACCAACGCUACCACUAACAGGCAAAUAUAUUAAAGUGGCAACGGGUCAAAGGUCCUGCAAAAUAAAAAAACAAAUUUUUAUUCCUACGGCUUUCGGAGAUCAUAAAGUGUCCCUGACGUAUGUGGUGGUGCCUAAAUUGACGCGGGAAGUCAUUAUCGGUUUCGAUGCUUUUAAAGAGCUGGAUAUUAUAAUUAACUCGGCGAAGAUGGAUGUCACGCUACGUAUUCAACAUCGGGAGAUAGUCAUGCCGUUGAUAUCCCGUCUUGAGCAAUCGAAUAAUUAUGAAUCACAUUAUUGCAAGGUGGAAUACAAUAAUAAUAAACAGGAUGUGAUCAUUGAUGAUGGAACGUUCGAUCAAACAGAUGAGUCGUACGAAAUUACUCCUGAUGAGGUAGAGGACAAAAUAAAGGCAUUGGAUUUGUCAGACGGGCAAAAGAGUUCGUUAAAAGAAUUAAUACAACGUUAUCAGCCAAUUUUCGAGAAGCGCCCUCGUCUUAUUAAUACGUAUGUUCACGAACUUGUGUUGAAAGACAAGAAACCGUUUUUUACGCGCCCGUACCCGGUUCCGCUAAAUUAUCGAGAACAGGUUCAGAAUGAAAUCGACAAGAUGUUGAAGCUAAACGUCAUACGCAGGUCUUUCAGUCCGUACAUAAAUCCUAUUCGCGUGGUGAUAAAAAAGGAUAAAACGGUGCGUUUGUGCAUAGACGCUCGAAAAUUGAAUGAAAAUUUAGUCGACGAUUACGAAUCGCCACCGGGGAUCGAGGAGCUAUUUCCACGAUGCCGGCACGCAAAUUUCAUCUCUAACUUGGAUUUGACGAGUUCCUAUUGGCAGAUCCCCUUAUCCGAAGAAUCCAAACAGUACACGGCGUUCAAGCUCGACAAUCACGUGUAUGAAUUCAACGUGGUCGCUUUCGGCAUUAAAACGUCGGGGGCUGCUUUACUAAGGGCGCUUAGUGAGGUGCUGUUCGGGCUCGAGGCUUUUGUCUUACAAUUCGUAGACGAUUUGGCUGUAUUUUCCCCGACCUUCGAAGAGCAUUUGCGUCAUUUAGAUAUGGUUUUCGAGCGCUGUUUGAAGCACAAUUUAAGGGUUCAUUUUUGUAAGUCGAAUUUCAUGCGGCGAGAAAUAGAUUUUUUAGGCCAUAGAUUAUCCGCUGAAGGGUUGAAACCGCAGCCUGAAAAAAUAGCGACGAUAAAGAACUUUCCGGUACCUAAAAAUGUCACCAUGUUGCAAUCGUUCCUAGGUUUUGUAAAUUUCUACACUAAGUUCGUGAAAAAUUACUCGCUGUAUACGUUACCUCUGAACAAGCUGCUACGAAAGAAAGAAGCUUUCGUGUGGGGGACGGAUCAACAAGAAGCAUUUGAGAAAAUUAAGGAUUUAUUUGAUGAGAACGUCAUUCUAAAAUUUCCCGAUAUCCAACGGCCUUACAUCUUGACGACCGAUGCGAGCGACUAUGCGAUAGCGGCUGUGUUAUCGCAGAAAAACGAUCAAGGCGAGGAAGCGAUAAUCACUUUCGCGCUCAACGUAUCCAAUGCCGAGAACAAGUACUUGUCCAAGUUUUUCGCUAUAUAUGAAGGGCCUUACAAGGUCGUUGGUGUUUUUGGCGAUACCUACCAGUUAUACGACGAGCGACAAAACAAAACUCGCGGAAAGUUUCAUUUAACACAGUUGAAACCAUAUUAUGUUUAG